ACCAUAACCAAGGUGGCUUAUAGAAGGCUCGCUUCUUCACAAAAUGCCGAUUUUAGUGAUAAAUGUAGAACCUGAUAUCUCAGCAGGGUUUUAGCAGAAGAAAUAUUAUGUUAUUACGCACUCCUUAUCGAACUAUAGACCUUCUGCAGUUCAGGUCGAAGCAUUGAUGGAGACAGUAUGGCGGUUAGACAUAUAAUCCUGCUCAUACUUGCGCUGAUCUGCUUCCAGAACACCAACAGCUAUCGUUGGUCCGGUGUCACAGUCGACAGUAGUGCUUGGUAUGAACUGACCAAUCUCGAUGUAACGAUCAUCGGAAAGACCUCCUUGAUAUUUGCCGUCCUUGGUUGCAAAGGAGCAGAUCUUGUAUUCUAUCAAUAUGUUGACUCGGGAAGCUACGUAUAUCUGCGUCUCGGCGACGCCGACAACACCUACUCCAUCAUGUUCGCAAACACGCACUGCGACAGCACUGGUUGCUCUCCUGGUGGCUAUGAAAUCGCCUCCCACCUGGACUGUAACGCCUACAAGGUGUUCUGGGCGCAGUGGGACAAUCAGGGUGGCUUCCAGGUCGGCCAUGACAACAUCAUCGGGGAAAACGCUUUCAUGUACAUGAACUAUAACCUCAACAACGACGGCGUGUUCAAUCUGCGGUACGCAAAGAUAUCUGUCAAUGUGGACAACGUGUACGUCAACUGGCAGUUUCAUAUAGACAAUCCACCUGAGAUCAGCAAUCCUAACCCUGACGGUCUUACAGUGACUAGUUUAAGCGAGGACUCCGCCAUCGGUUCCAGCGUCUUAGCAUUUACAGGAACCGACCUUGAAAACGACACUCUACUAUGGGCAGAACUGAGCUCAGAUUCAAACAAGUAUACUAUUGACUACACUGAUGACACAAUUAGAACUAACGCUACCUUCGACUAUGAAGCCCAGAUCUACUAUUCCGUAGUAUUAGCUGUGUUUGACGGAUCCGAAAUAACCAACGCAUCCUUUAACAUGGAAAUAAUUGACGUUGAUGACACAGUUCCAACGCUAACUAUCAACAGUGAUCUUACUAUGCUCGAGGAACAGCCAGUCGACUACAAGCUGGGAGGCUUCUUCGUUUUGGAGGACCCAGACAGUCAAACAUUUACUUACACAGUUUCAGGUACAGACGAAGCGUUUUUCAAGGUCAACUCUGACGGUGUACUACAAGUAAAAUCUCGCGUGGAUAGAGAGAGUCUCGGAGCCAGCACCUUGACCUUCACCCUUAAUGUUACUGAUCCCGGAGGACAGACGACAAGCAGCGACUUGAACAUUACAGUAACCGACAUUAACGACAACAUCCCAUCAUGUGAUGCUGACGUCUAUUUCGUACACGUGGAAGAGGCGGGAACAGACAAUGUGAAGGUCCUAGAUAUGGCAUGCAGCGACGCCGACAGCGGAGACAACGCUCAAGUCAGCGCAAAUAUAUCCGAUGGAAACAGCGCUGGGGUGUUCUCAAGUACACAAUUCCAAAUCUUUGCGGACACAAGUAUGAUAGACUACGAAGCCCUUCGCAAUACUAAUUACACCUACUAUCUCAGCGUUGAUGUCUACGACGUACCGUCUGAAGGCCCAGCUAACACCGGACGUAUAACCAUCGUUGCUGAGGUAACCGGCAAGAAUGAACAUGCUCCGACGUGGACGUCUCCUUCUCCCACGGGCGGCAAAUUCCCUGACGUGACUGUAAGUGAAGAUGCCGUUCCAGGUACAAGCCUUGUCACAUACGCCGCCGCAGAUGCUGACGAUGGGAUUGAUGGUGUUGUCAAAUAUGAAAUCGUCUCAAUCACGUCAGACACCUCCGCAAGUGCUCCUGGGACGUUCCAUAUCGUACCCGAGACUGGGGAACUUCGGGUGGCCUCAACACUGGAUGUCGACACAGGUGUCAGUAGCUACGACAUCGUUGUCAAGGCUGUGGAUGGUGGGCCGACACCGCUGGAAGUCACAGCAACGCAGAAGGUCAAGGUUGACGCUGCUAAUGAUAACGCACCGUUUUUUGACACCCCCAUAUACAUGACUGCAGUGGAUGAGCCUGCUACUGUUGAAGCUGCUGUUCUGAAUGUUGCUGUCACUGAUGUGGAUGGUGACCCAGUUAGUUUGACCUUGACCGGGGCCUCUCUCUCUUUUUUUGAUCUUUCGGGCACAACCAUCUCGAUCAAGCAGAACAUCGAUUACGAAACUGACACUUGCUACAACAUUGGCAUAACUGCAAGUGACAGCGUGCACAACACGACCUCUGCCCUCACAGUGAAGGUGACAAAUACCAAUGACGAGGCACCGACCAUAAAUAUCACCGCUGACAACACUAUGUUUGAAGAGUACCCUGUGGGAACUGUAAUCUACGGUCUGUACACAGUGACCGACCCCGAUGGUCCUGACAACUUCUCCUACACCCUCAGUAACACACACGCUGAUCUCUUCACCAUCAAUAGUGACGGAUACCUAGUCAUAGCGUCAAGAAUUGACAGGGAGACGUUAACCAAUGUUGACCUUAUGGUGACCGUGGCCGUUGAGGACAGUGCGGGUAACUCGGCUAGUGCUGACGUGACUAUCAGUGUACAGGACAUUAAUGACAACACACCCGCCUGUGGUCAGUCUGUGUUUACCAUGCAGUUAGAAGAGGCAGGAACUGAAAGUGCCCAAAUGAUUGAUGCCACGCUGGCCUGCACCGACAAAGACUUUGGUAGCAACUCCGACAUAGUUUUGAACAUUACGUCUGGGAAUGAUGCCAAUGUGUUUCGGUAUGACGGUCUAGAACUGUGGGGUUCGCCUGACCAGGUGGACUACGAGAGUCUGGACACAGCGGGCUACAAGUACACUUUGGUUGUGGAGGCCAUGGACACACCUGACGAUGGGCAACCCAACAGAGGGGUUUUUAUCGUUAUAGUACAGAUAACAGGUAAGAAUGAAUUUGCCCCCAUCUUCACAUCACCAGUGCCAGAUGGAUCGGCACACUUUCCAGAUGAGACAGUAUCUGAGAAUACCGUACCAGGGUCAACUCUCCUCACCUUCGUAGCUUCAGACGACGACCACGGCGUCGACGGUGACGUGCAUUAUGAGAUCGUCUCAGUUACAUCAGCUACUGGAGCUAGUGAGCCAAAUAUGUUCCAGAUCGAUGGCGUGAGCGGGAUUCUGAUUCUGUCAGGAUCUCUCGACGCCGACACCGACACAGGCGGCGUGGCCUACUACAGCGUGGUGGUCAAAGCGGUGGAUAAUGGUGCCACGCCCCAAGAAAUCCAAGCUACACAAAAAAUACAACUUGGUGGCGUCAACGACAAUGCGCCUGUUUUCAAUAACACUGACUUCGAAGUGUUUGUCAGUGAAGACGCCAGUAUGAACGACAUCGUUAUUGAAAUGACGGUCACAGACGCCGACGGUGAAAGCGUUACAUUGUCAGCAAGUGGCGGAGACGAUACUGUGUUUGGCAUUAAUGGCAACAACAUCGUCGUUCUUGCUACUCUAGACUUUGAAACUCAGACAUGCUACUAUCUGGACAUAAGCGCCAGUGACGGUACCUGGAGCAGCGAUAUUUCUGUGACGAUCAAGGUCAGCGACGUCAAUGACGAGUCCCCAACCAUUACCAAGAUAAGCAGUCCGAGCAUGGUGGAGGAAACGGCAGUGGGAACAGUGUUGUAUGGCUUGUACACUGCCUCUGAUCCUGACGUCGGCGAUACAGUUGUGUAUUCUCACGGUGGUACAGAUGCCAGCUACUUUACCAUAAGUGCCAGUGGAGAUCUUAAAGUUGCGAAGCGUGUUGACCUCGAGGCUGGCAUUUCGAACUUGAGUAUUGAUCUGACGGCGACAGAUGCUUCAGGCCAUGCCGUUACGGAGACUCUGGCCAUAACGGUAAUCGACGUGAACGACCACACCCCAUCGUGUGACAAGGAGGUGUAUGAGCUGGAGUUGGAGGAAGCAUCGGGAGCCGACGCAAAACUAAUGGACGCCAUCAGCUGCAUUGACGUGGAGACGGGCACAGUAACUUUGACAGUUGCAGGGGGGGAUCCAGACGGGGUGUUCCGCUAUGACGGGUUGGAGUUAUGGGGUGCUGCCGACAGCAUCGACUACGAGAGUCUUGGGGCAACGGGGUACAAAUACUACCUCUCAGUUGCCGUUACUGACGAACCAACAGCCACGUCAGCCAACACAGGCCACAUUCUAGUGAUUGUCAAGGUGACGGGAAAGAACGAGCAUACCCCCGCGUGGGGCAGUGUGUCCCUGGACGGUACCGGUAGCCUUCUAGGGGUGGCGGUAUCUGAGGACGCAGUCGUAGGGACGACCGUGACGACUUUGGUGGCUGAUGACGACGACCAAGGGCUGGAUGGACAAGUCAGCUUUGAGCUUGUCUCGGUUACUUCAGAUACUGGUGCUUCGGUAUUGGACAAAUUCUGGCUAGACCCUGGAACCGGAGACCUCAUCAUUGCUACACUGCUGGACGCUGACUCCUUGACAGGAGGCGUGAUAUACUACGACGUUGCUGUGAAGGCUGUGGACGGUAACACCACGCCACUGGAAGUCCAAGGAACACUCAAGGUGACAGUCAACGCGGUUAAUGACAACGCCCCAAACUUCUCUGACACUGAGUUUAAAGCGACUGUUCCUGAGGACGUCACAACCGGUUACACCGUCCUAACCCUGACGUUAGACGACGUCGACGUUGACACUCCGACAUUGACUGUUGUCGGUACAUGGUCAAGCCUGUUUGAGGGCGAUGGGGCGAACAUUCUGACCAGUGAUAAACUUGAUUAUGAGACGGAAAAGUGUUUUUCUGUACAAGUAAGGGCAUCUGAUGGCGUGCUCACCACAGAUCACUUCGUGACCAUUGAAGUGACGGAUGUCAGUGACGAACCCCCGGUACUGUCUGUGUACGUCGGGGUAACGGUGGCAGAAGAGCUUCCCCCAGGGGUCAUCAUCGGGGAUGUCUUCAGUGUCACUGACCCAGACACAACCGAUACCUUCACAUACAGCCUCUCAGGCUCCCACAGUAGUGUCCUGGAGAUCAACGAGACGACCGGCCACCUGUACAUACUCAGCAACAUUGACCGUGACGGGGGAUUGGCUUAUUUGGACGACCUGCUCCUCACAGUUACCGACUCUGCUGGCCUCACUGACACAGCCACCUUCAGACUCGACAUUACUGACAUCAACGACCUGACCCCGAUGUUCUCUCAGGCUGUAUACACUGCCCAGGCAACUGAAAACAGCGCCAAUUCAAAACUACUCCAGCUGCCUUGUACUGAUGACGACUCGGGCAUCAAUGGUGAAGUUUCUCUCUCAAUUACUGCUGCCGACAACCCUGAUGGUAUUUUCUCCCUAACCGGGUCUGACUUUUAUGCUGAUGGUAGCCUCAUGGACUACGAGGCUACUGCGUCCUACAGUAUCACUGUCCUGUGCGUAGAUUCUGCGGAUUCCGCGACGGCCAAGACAGGGGUGACGGUUGUACAGAUCCAGGUUGUUGGUGACAAUGAGUUCGAACCAGUCUGGGAUACACCCGUUCCUGACAGUAGCGAGAUGUUUACCGGAGUGAGCAUCAGUGAAACGGAUGCCCCAGGGACACUUAUUGAGACGUUCAGCGCAACAGAUCAGGACGGAGGAGUCGAUGGCGAUGUCACCUACGACAUCAUCUCCAUCACUUCCGCUGAGUCAACAAUGGCCUCCGGUCUCUUCAAAAUGGACACGGAUCAGGGAACGCUCACGACUGCAGUACAUCUCGACGCAGACCUCGACACGGGAGGGUCAGCGUAUUACAACGUGAAGGUACGGGCGAAAGAUGGGGGUUCGUCAAGCAGAGAGGUUACCGGCACAAUCCGCGUCACAGUGACUGAUGUUGACGACAACGGUCCCACGUUCACAGAACAUGUGUUCUCGGGAACUGCUAGUUGUUCGAAUGUUGUCAACGACGUUGUCGCUAAGGUGACGGUUGGAGACGCAGACAGCACUGUUGGGGCUAGUAUCUUCUCUCUGUCAGACAGUAGUACUUUGUUUGCUUUGGACGGAUCGACGGGCGAUGUUUCGUUACUGAAGGCGCCCGAAACUUUACCAAUUACUGAUCUACGACAGUUCGUGGUCGUGGAAGCCAUAUCCACCAGCAACAGUAACCUGAAUGACACGGCAACCGUCUACGUCAAGUUCGACUACUGCGGAUCCACGACCGCUGCCACCACAGCAACCUCCACCACCACCACAACAACACCAGCUCCUACCUGUGAGCCGGGGUUGAACACAGAGGUGAUAGCGCUAGCAACUCUGUGUGGACUAAUGGGAACAGCCAUUGGUGUUGCGGUCUUCCUUAAUGCCAGGAGUAUGAUGGCGACAAAGCCAUCCCCCCUCUCAUCUUCACUGCCAAACAAAGGACAAGGUGAUUUUGAACGUCCCCUGGAAAACUCUGGCAAAAUGGAAGUGGAAGAUCUGACGCUGGAAGACCCUGCGGAUCAGUUCGUGUUUGACAGUCUCCCGCCCUACUCUACUGUCGGAGGACGUUUUGAACAGCUUCCUUGACGCCUCUGCACACCAUUGACCUUUGUUUUAACAACUUCUUUUGUGCGGUCACGCCUCUCUGCUUGAACAACUGCAUAUAUUUUACACGUAACCCCAUCUGUUGCCGGUUUUUUUGUAAUCAUAUUAGCGUCUUGGUAUUGUAUACAACGUAUAAUAACAACAAACGCCAUGUAUGGUGUGCAUCUUACAAAGAACCUUACAGCUAACUCGCCGAUUUCUUUUGCACGUCUUCUACCCCUCAUGUCUGUACCUCAAAUCAGAAGAGCUACCCCUCGGGUUUGUAAUUCGGCUUGUGUAAUAGGGUCUGUUAUUGUUAUUUAUUGCUGGUGCCACCCAUUUAUGCCACUGUAUUGUACUAUAUCAUUAUAUAUAUAUAUAUAUAGAGAGAGAGAGAGAGAGAGAGAGAGAGAGAGAGAUAGAUAUAUAUAGAUAUAGAUAGAUAGAUAGAUAUAGAUAGAUAGAUAUA